AUGAAUAGAGAUUUCAAUAACAACAACAAUAAUAAUAGAAAGGAUUAUGAUAAUCAUCAUGACGAUAAUAACGGUGGUGGAAAUUGGAGAUCUGAAAGAGGAAGAUAUCAACCUUAUCCAUUUGGACGUGGCGGCGGUGGUGGACAUUUACCAAACAGACAUCAUCGUCAUGAUCAACAUGACAAUGAUAACAAUGAUCAAGAUCGUAAUAAUAAUAAUAUUCAAAGAUAUAAUGAAUCUUCUUCAUCUUCUUCAUACCGUGAUAAUAUUUAUAACAGUAGCAGCAACAACAAUAACAACGAAAAAUAUAAAGAUGAUAAUAAUUUUUUUGAUAUUAAAAAGAAAAUCGAUGAACCAUUAACAUUACAGAUGAUUGAAACUCAACAACCAAAAGUCGAUGACGAAAAUAAUCGAAUUCGAGAUAUUUUAGACGAACUGUUUGAAUUGCGCGAAAAAGAGAAUGACACUCCAAUUGUACAUUGUACGGCAUCUAUGCAGCCAUAUAUUGAACAACUAAAAAAUGAUAUCUCUAUACUUUACAAUAAAUUGGGAUCUACCUUUGGAAAUUUGGAUAUGCAAUGUGCGAUUGUUUGUUACUCUGACUUUGAUAGAGCUGACAACAGAUCUUUAUCUCUUCCAUUUACCAAAUCAACAGAGGAAUUUACAAUGUUUCUAUCAAAUAUAAUUGCAUUUGGAGGCGACGACGGACCUGAGGAUGUAUUCGGUGGAUUUAAUGUAGUAUUUCAACAUAACUGGAGAAAAGAAAGUACAAAAGUUUUGAUGCAUAUAACAGAUUCGCCAUGUCACGGUAAUCAAUAUCAUAGAUUCCUUGAUAAUUUCCCUAAUGGCGAUCCCUACGGAAUCACUCAUUUGGAUGUCAUGAAAAACAUCGUGCAAUAUGGUAUCAACUAUUGCUUUGGUGCCGUCAAUGUCGACAAUACAUCCACAAUGAUACACAUAUUCAAUCAGACACUGAAUCUUUUGACAAACGGACAGUGCCAGAUAACUACAUUCGAUGCCAAAGAAACUCGUCAUCUCGGUGAUAAAAUAAUUAAAUUGGUAUCUGAUAGCAUAUUGGCAACUGCUGCACAACAUCAACAACAUCAACAACAACAUCAACAGCAACAUCAACAACAUCAACAACAACCAGCUAGUGACUCAAAGGAUGAUUCUAAAACAACGAAAACAGUUUCCUAUACAAUCGAUACAGUGAAACCAAACUAUUUUCAUUUAAAAGAGGAAUGUGUAUUCCAAAGAAAGUAUCACCUGCCUCGUUUACUAGAGGAUGCUCUCGAUCCAAAUUUCAAUUAUCAAACUCAAGAGAUUACAUGUCAAGUAAAGAUUGCACCAAGACCAUUUGCUAAAGGAUCACAACGAUAUGCAUUCUAUGCGUUCAAUCAAACCUUAAAAAAGGAAGUAAUUCUUAAAGAAUUUAUAAAACAGAGUAGCAGUCAAAGAGAGAUGCGUAGAAAGUAUUAUGAUGUUAUGGAGACUCAAACAACAGCUGCAAAAUUGGGAUUUGAUUUUAACAAAAGAUUUGGUAAGGAUAUAGUUACAUUUGGAAUUGCAAAGGUUAUAAAAGUGGUUGAAACAGAGAAAUACUAUGGAAUGGAGAUGCUCUAUAAAGGUGAUUAUAUUAAAUAUAAUAAUAGUGGUAAUAAUGAUCCAGAUUUGGAAAAUAUUUUACAAACAUUUUCACAUUGGACCUAUGUAGUUAGCGAUAGGAAAAUAUUGGUGGUAGACUUACAAGGUGUCAUUACUGAUCGUGGUCUAAUUUUGUCUAAUCCUACAAUUCAUUCAACACACCUUAAAAAAUAUGGUUCAACCAAUUUGGGUCAGGAGGGAAUAGAUCGUUUCUUUAAGAUUCAUAAUUGUAAUCAACAUUGCUAUGAGAUGCGUUUGACAAAUAAAAAACCAUGA